AUGCUCCAGUGGAAACGAUCACCACUCUUCAGGAUUUCAUUUUUGAUGCUAAGCGCGACAAUGCUGGGCAACUCACAAGAAACUGAAGAAACAGUCACGUACACUGCAUCUCUCGGUAACUGA